AUUUUGGAAGAAGAAUUUCAGUGUCAUCAUGAAUCCAAGCAGUUCACAUAGCUCCUCAGAGCUGAGGAUUCUCCUUUUGGGUCCAAAACUUGCGGAGAAAAGUUCAGUAGGAAACACUAUCCUGGGCAAAAAGGAGUUUGACUUGAAGAAGACUUUGCAAUGUGUGGGGAAGCACAGUGAAAGAGCUGCCACAAAGAUCACCGUGGUUGAUACUCCAGGCUGGUGGAGAAAUUUACCCUUUGAAGAAAACCCUGAACUGUACAAACAGGAAAUUGUCCUGAGUGUAACAAAAUGUCCUCCUGGACCUCAUGUUCUGCUGCUGGUCUUAAAUGUAGACACACCGUUUAAACAAAAUGAAAAAGACAUUCUAUGUGGUAACAUGAAAUGUUUUGGUGAGGAAGUGUGGAGGCACACAAUAGUGCUGUUCACCUGUGAAGAUCAUCAUACAACCACUCAACAAUUUAUUGAGAAUGAAAACCUCCAGAGGCUCAUUGAGAAAUGUGGGAACAGAUAUCAUGAGCUCGAUACUAAAAACUGGGGUGAUGGAUCUCAGGUCACAGAACUGCUUAAGAAAAUACAGGAGAUGGUGGAAGGAAACAGAGGUGGACAUUAUGAAAUAAACAGAAAGACUCUGCAGCAGGUGGAGGAGAAGAGGAGAGAACAGGAAAAGAGAGCAAACGAAAGAAGGAUCAAAAAUCUACAACUGAAAGAUGAGACAACAACAACCGAAAAUAAGCAUCCCCUCUCAGAGCUUAGGAUGGUGCUGCUGGGUUAUAAUGGAUCUGGGAAGAGUUCAGCAGGAAACACCAUCCUGGGCAAAUCUGCAUUUUUUGAUUCCAAAAGAUCACUUACAUCUGCAGUACGAGAAGGAGAUGUUGCAGGAAGACACAUCACUAUGGUUGACACUCCAGGCCGAAGAAGAAAUUACCACUCAAAAUAUACCCCCAGAUUCUAUAAAGAUGAGAUUGUGUUGAGUUCAUCUCACUGUCCUCCAGGACCACACGCCUUUCUGCUUGUCAUAAGAGUGGACGUUUCUUUCACUGAAGUGUACAGAAAGGCAGUAGAGGAACAUAUUGCUCUUCUUGGUCUCAAAAUCUGGGAUCACAUGAUUGUUCUCUUUACCUUGGGCGACUGGUUGCGAGACACAAGCAUUGAGCUGUUCAUUGAGAGUGAAGGAGAAGCUCUUCAGUGGAUAAUAGACAAAUGCGGGAACAGGUAUCAUGUCUUCAACAACAGAAACACAGAUGAUGGCAAUCAAGUGACAGAGCUGUUUGAAAAGAUAGAAGAGAUGGUUGCAGGAAAUGGAGGACGAUGUUUUAUAAUACAGCAUCAGAAUUUGCAAGAGGUAAAGUCCAAAAGGAUGAAAGUUGAGAAAUUAGCAAAACAGAUGAAGGCUGAAGUUCAAAAAAGAAAUGAAUUGAGACAUUCAACAUCAGGAGAUGCUGAACUUUUUGAAAUGAGGUUGGUGUUGCUUGGACCUCACUAUUCCGGCAUAAGUUCAACAGGGAACACAAUUUUGGGAAGGCAAGUAUUUGACAGAAGAAUCGAAGAGAAUCUAAGUAAUAAUGGGGAAGUGGCCGGGAGGAAGCUCACUGUGGUUUGUACACCCGGUUUUGAGAAAGAUUUCCUUAUUGGAAAAAGACUUGAGGAUGCUAAACGCAACCUUCUGAAAAGUGUAGCAGAACAGUCUUCUGGAACUCAUGCUUUCAUUUUAGUCCAGAGUGUUGACUGUUCCUUUGCAGAGGAAGAGAAAGGCGCUUUAAAGAAAAUCAUGGAGCCUCUCGGUGAACAAAUCUGGAAUCACAUAUUGGUUCUCUUCACUUUUGGAGAUGAACUAGGAGAAACUCCCAUAGAGUUAUUCAUUGCAAGUGAAGGUGAUACUCUCCAGUGGCUCAUUGAGAAAUGUGGGAACAGGUAUCAUGUUCUCAACACUAAGAACUGGAGUGAUGGAUCUCAGGUCACAGUACUCCUGGAGAAGAUCGAGGAGAUGGUGGCAGGAAAUAGAGGAUGGCAUUUUAGACUAGAUGAAGAUACUUUAGGCUGGGUUGAAAGAACAGUAGCUGUACCCAUUAGAAGAUCACAGAGUAUGGAUGAUCCAAUAAGUUUUGCUGAAAGAUGCAGUUCUUCCUCAGGGAUAAGUUCAGCAUAUGUGUCCCAGAGAUCCCAAGAAGCACCUGAAGAGUGGCAUUUAGAGUCAAGUUCAAAAAUGAGCUCUGGAGUGGAGUCUCUUAGCUCUAUUCCUGAGUUUGAUUGAGGCCUGGAUUAAGAUUAAGAUACACAUUCUCUCUAACAUUGUCUUGUUACCUUUAUU